AUGGAGAGAAGGUUCCCGUCGCGAAAUGUAGGCGGUGUUGGUUUUGUUGUGCAAACAUCUGUCGUCCAUGUUGUCGAUUCCAACGAGAUCCUGUCACUUGGUCUGGCCAUUCUUCGCCGCCGCUAUGCGCCAAAAACCCGCAUCUUCAAUUGCUACUCUCCAACAUCAGCAGCUGAUGAUUCCGAAUUGGACGCGUUUUAUGAGAAGCUGGAGGAAAUGAUCCAGAACGAGAAGUCCUUCUACAAAUUCGUUGACGGUGAUUUCAACGCAAAACUAGGAAAGGCUACAGAAGAGGAAUACAGGAUCGGAAGAUUUGGAAUAAGGAACCGGAAAGAAAAUCGUCAUUGGCAAUCGUCUCGCCGGGCUCUUGUCCGCUGCUCGCCUCAUUCGUGGGAAGUCUGUUUUCAUGAAGAAAGAUAA